AAGGGCGCGCCGGGUAACGGGGGGGUCACUCGCUGCCGCUCCUCUGAAGGCUCCGCGUCUCAACCUGCUGCCCACCAGCAAACCCAGCAGAACCACAUCCCAGCAUGUCGGACCAGUCGGCGUUCGACACGGACGUUUGGACCCUGACGCGGUUCAUCAUCGAGACGGGCCGGCAGGCUAAGGGAGCCACCGGGGAGCUGACCCAGCUGCUCACCGCCAUGCUCACCGCCAUCAAGGCCAUCUCCUCUGCUGUGCGUAAGGCAGGCCUGGCCCACCUGCAGGGCCUGGCGGGCUCUGUGAACGUGACGGGAGACGACGUGAAGAAGCUGGACGUGUUGUCCAACACGCUGGUCAUCAACAUGCUGCAGGCGUCCUACGGCACCUGCUGCAUGGUGUCCGAGGAGAACAAGGAGCUCAUCAUCACUCCCAAGGAUAAAAGGGGGAAGUACGUGGUCUGCUUUGACCCUCUGGAUGGCUCCAGUAACAUCGACUGCCUGGCCUCCAUCGGCACCAUAUUCGCCAUCUACAAACGGGUGAGUCUCGCCUCUGCAAACACCUGCAAAGUUCGUUGCUGUGAUGGCCAGACUUCAGAGGGGGAGCCCACAGAGAAGGACGCCCUGCAGCAGGGAAACAACAUGGUGUGCGCUGGCUACGCCUUGUACGGCAGCGCCACCCUGGUGGCCCUCAGUACCGGCGCCGGCCUCAACUUCUUCAUGCUCGACCCCGCCAUCGGUGAGUUCAUCCUGAUUGAGAGGAACGUGAGGAUCAAGCAGAAGGGAAAGAUCUACAGCCUGAACGAGGGCUACGCCAAGUACUUCCAUCCCUCCAUCAACGAAUACCUCAAACACAAGAAGUACCCUGAGGAUGGCAGCUCCCCGUAUGGGGCCCGUUAUGUGGGCUCUAUGGUCUCAGAUGUUCAUCGAACGAUCGCCUACGGUGGGAUCUUCAUGUAUCCUGCAAACGAGAAGAGCCCAAAAGGAAAGCUGCGGUUGCUGUACGAAUGCAACCCCAUCGCCUUCCUGAUCGAGCAGGCGGGCGGCCUCGCCACCACCGGCACCCAGAGGAUUCUGGACGUUCAGCCUGAAGCUCUCCACCAGCGGGUUCCCUUUGUGGUCGGCUCGCCGGACGACGUCAACGAGUACCUGUCCUUUGUCAAGAAGUUCUCAUAAAAGCUGCCGCUGAGUUGUAUUUGUGAUAACAUGUUGGAUACUGAGUUUUUAUCAACAAAGAUAUUUUAUCUCCUGAAAAAUGUUUUACAUUUUUUUUUUUAAGAAACAAGUGUCAGUACUGAUUGAGCUUUUUUCCAGGACCUUCCCUUGUAAAUCAGAUAUUGAAUCUCAAUGGCUCUUUUUUUUGUUUGUUUGAAUAAAGUAACCUGUAUUAAGAGAAACUAA